AUGGUCCCUGAGGAGGAGGAUGACAAACGUCCUUGUCCUCGCCAGGUUGGUCUUCCCGCCUGCAGGAGUUGCAGGGUCGUGGGAGUGACGGACGGGAUCGUCAGCUCGAGCUGCGUUGGGAACGAUCUUCUCGAAGACGAUCGGCGACAGGAGCAGGACAACAGCAGGAUCUCACUGGCUCUGUUGGCGGACUGGCAACUGCUUCUCCUCUCUCCCUUCCCCUCUGCGGCUCAAGAGAAGGUCACCGUCACCAUCACGUCCUGCGGUAGACCCGCACUGCUGGCCGAGACCAUCCGGUCCUUCCUCGCAGCCAACACUCAUCCCAUCGAGGAGGUCCUGGUGAUCGAGGACAGCGGGAACGCGACGCUCUGCCGUCAGCUCCAGGCGACUUACAUGUCCAACUUGGAGGCGGGGGAAGAGGAGCCGUCAGGGCCCCCAUUCCGCAUCCUAUGCAAUAAGGAACGGGUGGGGCAGGUCGUUUCGCUGGAUCGGGUGACUCAGCACGUGAGGACGGACUUUGUGUUCCACCUGGAGGACGACUGGACGUGCGAUGGGACCGGAAACUUCAUCCAGGACUCACUUGAAAUUCUCCGCGACAACCCAAACUGCUUCCAAGUUCACCUCCGUCACCGCAAGAGCAUGACCCACCCCGUUCACCCCCAGCUCUUCCUCACCAGCCGCUCGAGCAUCCCUUACAGGAGACUCGUAUACGGCUGGUACGCUGGAGACGGUCUCUACUGGCAUGGACUGAGCUUCGGCCCGGGCUUGCGGAGGAAGUCCCACAUGCUCCUUCUCUCUCCCUUCGAGUCCUUGGGCUCGGAACUGCAGGCACAAGCAGCGUUCUAUAGUCAUGGCCUCUGGGCAGCAGCGUUGGAGGAGGGAGUGAUGGAACAUACAGGAGACAGCGACUCGAAACGAGAAGAAUGGGAGAGGCGGGACUGA